GAUUUUCAGAGAUAAACUAAACCUAUCUCCGUCCCUGCCAAAGGCUGACAUUAUGAACUGGAAAACAGUAAUUUGUAUCAUUUUAUUAGUAAGCUUUACUAUAGUCAGAGCCCUGCCUAGAAGUUAUCGGGACACAGAGGAGAAAAACAGCAUUGGCCAGCGGUUUUCUCAGCUGCAAGAGAACAAUUUUAAAGCCAUUGCCAUGAUCAUGUUUGCACAGUAUGUACAAGGAAACACAUUUGGCCAAGUGGUUAAAAUGGCUGAAGCUGUAACAGACCUUGCCAAAAAGUGCACUGAAGUAGACAGAGACAACCCGAACUGUCGGAAGCCUUUGGACUGGAUCUUCCUCAAUACAAUAUGCCAGGAGGACAAUCUUCCUAGGUUUACUGACUGCUGUGCUAAAAAGGACCCUGAAAGAAACGAUUGCUUCCUCUCCCUUAAAAAUUCAUCAAGAGGAUUCAUUUCUCCUUUUGAAAGGCCAAAUGCUGAAGCUGCCUGCAAAAAUUAUUCAGAGCAUCGCCAUUCAUUACCAGGAUAUUUUAUCUAUGAGGUUUCCAGAAGGCAUCCUUUCCUCUAUGCCCCAACAAUCCUUUCUGUUGCUAUCCAUUAUGAUGAGAUGAUGAAGGACUGCUGCAGAAGUGCUGAAGACUCCACUCAUAACCUGGAGGAAUGCUUUCGGAGACAGGCCCCAAAGGUGGUGAAGCCCAUCAGAGAAGAUGGCCUGAGGCAGGAACACACAUGUGGAAUCCUGAAAAAGUUUGGAGAAAGGACCAUAAAGGCUCUGAAACUUGUGCAGAUAAGCCAAAGAUUCCCUAAAGCUGAUUUUUUUACCGUUACCAAACUUGUGUCGGAUAUUGCUAACAUGCACAAAGACUGCUGUCGUGGAGAUAUGCUGGAGUGUAUGCGCGACAGGGAAGAAAUUCUACACUAUGUCUGCACCAACCAAGAAGUCAUAUCAAGCAAAAUUAAAAAGUGCUGUGAAAAGCCACUGCUCCAAAGAAGUGAAUGCAUUGUUAAUGCAGAAAAUGAUGACAAACCUGCAAACUUGUCUCCCCAAGUCAGAGAGUUUAUAGAAGACAAAGGAAUAUGUGAACGCUUUGCUCAGGAAAAAGAUACCCACUUAGCCAGGUUUCUCUAUGAAUAUUCCAGAAGACACCCUGAAUUUUCUGCUCAAAUGCUUUUAAGAAUAGGUAAAGGAUAUGAGGAUCUACUGGACGAGUGCUGCAAAACUGGCUCUCCAGACAACUGCUGCAGCAGAGGGGAAGAAGAACUGAAGAAACACAUUUAUGAAACUGAAAGUGUGAUGAAGACAAGCUGUGACAUUUACAAGGAGAAAGGAGAUUACUAUUUCCAAAACGAGCUUCUCCUGAGCUUCACCAAGAAGAUGCCUCAGCUAACAUCUGCAGAGCUGAUAAAAUUCACCAAGCAAAUGACUACAAUUGGCUCCAAAUGCUGCCAGUUGAGCCAGGACAAGCUAUUGCCUUGUGCUGAGGAAAAUCUGGAUCUUGUGCUUGGAGAAAUUUGUAGAAGACACCUGACCAAUCCAAUAAACCCUGCUGUUUGCCACUGCUGUAGUAGCUCCUAUGCUCUCAGGAGGCCGUGCAUGGGCAAACUAGAAAUUGAUGAGAAUUACGUGCCCUUAUCAUUAACACCUGAUCUAUUCACCUUCCAUGAAGACUUGUGUACAACGGAAGAAGAAAAGUUACAGCACAGGAAGCAGGAAAUGCUCAUCAACCUCAUCAAAUACAAGCCCCAGAUCACACAAGAGCAGCUGACCUCCAUCACUGUGGCUUUUACUGCCAUGAGGGAACAGUGCUGCAAAGAAGAGAAUCGUGAAGCAUGUUUUGCUAAAGAGGGUCCAGAACUUAUAAAAAGAAGUGAAAAACUGCUGUCAGCCUGAAGAGCUCACUUAGCAUACUAGAAGAUAUUUGCUGAAUGCUAUGGAGUUGCAUAAAUUAAAUACUAAGCAUACCUUUUCUAAAUAUGCAUGAAGUAUAAACAGGAGAACAUGAAUUAUCAUAGUAGAGAAUACUGUGCUGUGGUUCUUUACCUACAAACCUAAUGAAGUCAGUACAAUUUUCACCAGCUAUAGUUCUGCUGAUGUCUGAUUUUCCACCAUCAACAAGGUAAAGGGGUGCCUCCAGUAAAACAUCACAUUUCUGAGAAAAGUCUGACAAGCUAUGAAACUGUAAAUGCAGCCUGCCUUCAGCGUUCAGCCUAACUGAAAUUUAAAUAAGUGUAUGAAUUUUAUUCAGAUGGGGGAGAAAUUUCUGUGAUAACUUAAUACGUAGCUCAUAUGCCCUUGAUUCAAAAUGAUCAUGAACAUGUAAAAUUUAAACAAACAAAAAAAAAACUUAAAUCCACUUGAAUCAAAAAAUAAGGUGCAACAGAAAAGGCAACUGGAUGGAAAAUGAGGUUUCAAAUGUGCCCAUAAUCGUAUUCUACAGAAUAUUAUUUUUCGUGUAUGAACUAGUCAUAGAAAAAAGUAAUCUAAACAUUGGGCUUAUGAAGCAUAAAGAAAAACAUGAUUGAAAAAAUCUGCCCAUAGCAAUUUUAAAAUAUUUUUGAAUCACCAAAUAUUUUUUUGCUUUUUAAUAGGACUGUCUUUGAAAUGCAACACAUUCAUUCACUAACAAGGGCUGCUGUGGGAAACUGUAAAAUUUACUUUAGGCACAGAAAGAUUAUCUUGGUCAUCCCAAGCAGAGCAAGGAAGAAGACAGAUGAACAAAAUGUCAUUAAGGUGAAAUGUGACACUUUUGGUCAGCAGAUAAACAUUUAGAGAAAGCACCAGAAGGCUGCUGAAUUUAAAGUAUAUAAUAAGAGAUAAUUUUUCAGAGUCAGAUUGAAGAGGUUGACCAAAUAAAUUCCUCUCAUAAUCCAUCCUGUAUAUACUGCUAGGCAACAUUUUCAUUAAUGAUAUAGUGAAAGGAAAAACUAUUCGUUCAAUUCGUGACAGACAAUAAGGUGGACAGAGACUGCUGCAGAUCUCAUUGCAGCAUUUUGGAUGUCAAAAUCAUCUUGGUAAAUUAGAGAAAUAGCCUAGAAAAACACCAGCUGUGUCCUGUGAAAGCAAAUUAAACAUGUGACAUAGGUAUAAUUAAGCAACUGCAGUAGUGCGGUACAGGAAAAAUAUCCAUUACAGUGUUGAAUGAAUAACAAUGCAGUUACGACAAAUCACAAACUGAUCAAGAGUCACUGAUAUUUUGCUGCUAAUUGAAGCCUAACAUCAUGCUUGCAUGCUGGUGGUAUAAACACAGUAUUAACAGAUAAAACAGAAGAAUGAGAUAAUAUCACAUAUGCAUCACGGUUUUGUUUUUCUCACCUUUCAUAAGGACUUUGCUGGAGUAUCUGAACAAAUCUGGGGUCUUAGUUGCAGACAGAAUUUCACUGAAAAGAAAGCAACAAUUAACAGUCAAAGUUCCAUUAAAAAAAAAAAAGAAAGAAAGGGAGGACGAAAAUAGAUUGGGAUUGUAUGGUUUAGUAAGAAAGGCUUUAAGACCAUGCAAGUCUUCACCUAUUGAAAAAGAUAGGUCCCAGGACAAAGAUAGCCAGUCAGCACCUAGCAGGGAAAACAAAACACCGGAAUCAAUGAUCUGGGAAAGCAGGGAACUCCAAAAGAGAGAGCACACAUUACCAAAGUGCCAGUGAUGUUUUCAGACCGAAAAAUAAACAAAGAGAUCAUCUAAGGCUUCUCUCAGCACAGUUUUCUCGGGAUUUAAUGCUCUGUUGCACAUUGCUCUUCUGGAAUCUGGGGGUUGAGUUUUGGCUACGUUUUUUUUAAAAAAAUAUCUUUUCUCCUGGAAGUCCAGUGAUGACUUGGGGUUUUUCUCACUGGGUUGUUUAGUAGCAGCAAAAUUAGGUAGUAUUUUUUACUCUAGGGUCUUAUUCAUUACGUCUUAGGACUUGAGUUCAAAAGAAACCCGUAUUUCUUCUGUCAUCUGCUUUUCAUUGCUGUUACCUUGAGUAUGGAAUAAUGCUUUGGAAUAAAAUCUUCCUCUGUUCUUGUCA